UACUCUCCUCUUUUCUUCCACCUUUUUGCCUCCUUUCAUUCCAUCGUACACUACAUUCUAAUGUUUAUAAUUCACUUUUUUUAUCACUUUCUAUUACGACCUUAAUGUCUAUAUACUCUGCUAUGUACCUGUCAACGUCUUGUUUCUGCUCCGACAAUGCUCUACUAGCGAAAUAUUCUAUCAUGAUCCUGAAAAAAAAAUAUUUUCUAUCUCCGCGCAUUGUGUUCUGCCGAAAGCGGAAAGUCCUCUAUCGUUAUCAUGUUCUGCUUACUGCGUAGAUUACUGAUAUAGCUACGAAGCCCAUGUAACUUACUGCAGGAUCCA